AUGCCAUCUGCCAGCCCAGGGCCCCGGUAUACGCCGUAUAUCUCAGUCCCAACCACCGAGGCUGUCGACUUUAUUCGCUGGGAGCUUAACAGAUGGCUUGGUGCCCUUGAGUGCCUCCGUCAACACAGCCCGCGGCUGACCCUGGAUACAGGUGCAGUUGGGAUUAUGCUAGCAAGGAUAGUCCAGGCUACCUGCAAUGAUCAGCCCUAUGGGCUACCAUAUGAUCUCUACAAGGACCAGUGGGUGUCACCGAAGGGGAUCCAGUGGCGCGGACUUGGCCUUGAGGAUAUAGUUAAGAGACUCGGAAUGUUCUGGCUGUCAUCGUCCCUUCUAGAUUGGGAUAAACUCAUAUUCAACCCCGAGAUCCGACCAGCACUCCGUUUCUACCUGCCUGAUUUCCAGAGGACCUACAAAGGAAGGAGGAAACAGGUUGCAACCACCCAUCUGCUUUAUGAGCAAAUUGACAAGAUCACCCAGUCCUUAGGGCAUCGCAUACCAUAUAAACAUGCACUAGACCGACUGCGGCGUAUAUGCUUUCUCGCUCUGACCAUGAAGGUUCUGGCCUAUAAUCGAAAGGAUUUCAAAAUACCAGCACCUAAAGAGCUUGAGGCCUACAAUUAUGGAGUAUGCUACAGUUGGAUUAUGCAGUACUAUGCAACCGAACCAGCUACUAUUGGCCGCAACCAAGUAAAGCUGGUCUGGAAGGAGAUACCAACCUGGGCAGAUCUUCUACAGCAGCUGUUUGAUUGGGAUGACCAGGACCGAUACAAAACCCCAUAUACUCGGACAUCAUGGGAUAGGGCAGAGUAUCGAGUCAUCACCCAGCAUGCCUUUAAUCGAAUCAAGGAACGGCUGGGCCAGGCUAUUGCUCUUCAGUGGAAACAAACAAUUGGUCUUUUUGCCACACGUUUCUUCUCUCUAAUCCCAAAGUCAGUCUUGGGCACAAGCGUGGUGGCGUUACGGGGCGACUUCCAGCGACGGUGCCAGCAGCUGGGCAUUUCAUGCGUGGCAUGGGAGAGCCGAUGUCCCCCCGACGCCGCGUCGAUCGUGUUGGUGACCCCCGAAUCCGCAGUGAGCCCCGAUUUUCACACAUUUUUGAAUCGAUUGCGGUGGACGCGGCGAUUGGACCGCAUUGUCAUCGACGAAUGCCAUGUGGUGUCGAACGAUCAGCAGGAUUUUCGUCCACGGAUGGCCCAGUUAGGGAAAUUAGUGCAGGCACGCACCCAGAUGGUAUGGUUGACCGCCACGUUGCCCCCGAGCAUGGAGGAUGAGUUAUGCCGGCGGAUGAAGCAUGAUCGGACCGCAGUGACCAUUUACCGGGCCCGUACCAGUCGUCCGAAUGUGGCAUACCGGGUAUGGCGCCCCGUGUUGACGGGGGUCGGCCGGGGUCCGUACCAGUGGAUUGAGAGUGAGGCCGUGGUGGCAUUCAUUCAGGACCGUAUUCGACGAGCGGCAGGAGGCAAGGUGAUUAUAUAUGCGAAUAUCAUUGGGCAGGUGACAGCCAUGGCACGGGUAUUCGGAUGCGAGGCAUAUUAUAGCGAUCAGUUGGACAAGGCAGGGGUAUUAGCCCGAUUCAUGGGAGGUAGUCCAGUCAUCGCAGCCACGAGCGCAUUGGGGAUGGGGGUCGACAUCCCCAAUAUCCGUAGCAUCAUCCACAUUGGCACACCGCGGACGUUGUUAGAUUAUGCGCAAGAAAGUGGUCGAGCGGGACGGGAUGGCCAGCGGAGCGAGGCGAUCAUCAUUCAGCCGGCUGGGUGGGACGCGCCAGCGCCGUGGAUGGAGGGGGUAUCGCCAGAGGAUCAGGAACGAGUCGCAGAUUAUAUGGGGGUGGUGGAAGGGGUUGGGUGUCGCCGGGUGGUGUUGGAUGAAUAUUUGGACGGGGAGGUGGAUGGGCAUCGCCGUCAGCAUUGCCAGGACGUUGAUCGGAGUGAGCAGGCAUAUGAUGGGUGUGAUCCCGAUUGGGAGGCACAGGAGGUAGUUGUCCAGGAGCCGUCGGAAGAUGGACAUCAUUUGCAGCAUGCAGGGGUGAUUACAAGCAUGGCAAUGGACAUGGAAGAGAUGCAGUAUGAGCAAGUGCGAGCAGCGAGUGAGGGAUUGAGUGAGGUAGUGAGGGAAACAGUGAGAGCAGCGAGUGAGGGAUCGAGUGAGGGAUCGAGUGAGGGAUCGAGUGAGGGAUCCGGUGAGGCACCGCAUGAAACAUCAGUUAGUGCACCAUCCACCGAAUCAUUCAGCCAAGCCAUUCCCAUGUCCGUAUGGCAUGUCCAGCAGGCCCAGGACCAUCAAUGGGCCGCCAUGGAUAUUCAGCAGCAGCAGCAUCGCACCCAGGAGGGUUUGGAUGAGGAGUUGGCCCAGGCCGAAAGCAUGGAGUGGCACAAUCGAUGUUAUAUUUGUGCCAUGGCCGGGCGUGACAGAGAGCAUGAGUUGUACCAUUGCCAGCACCCCAAUAGCCAGACAGCUAAGAAGUGGAUGAAGGAUGUACGGGGGGCGAUUCCAUACGCGCCGUAUACCGCAUGUUAUUCGUGUGGCAUGCCCCAAUCCAUAUGUCCCGGGUGGGAAGACCGGCAGCGAUGUGCGUACCGCGGGAUGCUGGUUUCCAUGGUCGCCAUGAUGUUGUUUGGGCCAUGGCGGAGCCAGAUUGAGCCCAUAUGGCAGCGCCGGUUACAGGCAAUGGGGGUCGACGCGCAGGAUCAGGCCCAUCCCGAACAGGAGAGGCAUAAUCAAUUACGGGUUCUGGAGAAUACCAUGAUGGUGCUUGUCCAUGAUCAGAACCUAGAGGCACGCCACCUAAGUCGCCGGAAUGCACGGCUGCUCAACACCUUUACCAGAGGGGAAGCAUCACAGGAUCCCAUUACUGACCUGCAGAACCAACAGUCCCGCCGUAAAUACAGUGAACCAUGGCAACGUCUAAUCUGUUGCUGGGACCGAGUUGUUGAGCAGGGCCACCUCCGGGACACACUGUUUCAACCUAGUGAGCGACAGCUUGAGGCAUGGGUUGAGGUGACCGAGGCUGCAGGUGAGCUGGCUAACCUUAUUAAUAUGGGGCAAGAAGAUGAUGGUGAAGAGGCUCUCCAGGACCAGCUAGAUCAGGCUGUCCUAGAGUUCAGCCUUGCUAUUAUCCAACACCUGGUUCCCCGUCGCAAGUUUGAUUCUGUCCUUGUCUCAUAUGCUGCUGUGCGGUACUGGAGUUCUACUCAAGGUACAUGGAUGAUGGUUGGGAACUACACCUCAAUCUUAUCACAGUUGAUUUAUGACUGCCAGAUGGUGGUGCUUGCCCAGGUACUGGCGGAGACGGCAGAUAAACCAGACGUGGGUGUUGGUGCCAUGAUCAUGGACAUCUAG